UCUAUCAUAAGCCCCACAAAGCCGCUAUUAUUUGUUCAUGCUUUGACUAAAGUACAUCUCCAAUAAUAUUUGGAAGGAUGAAUCGUCUCUUUUCAAUCGAAAAUAUUUAGAUGAUUCCCUUUGUGGUGCGGCGAUCAUAAACCAACCCCAUAGUUCUCAAUGAGCAAAUUGAUCGUGCAUUCCAGCACCGAGGGGGUGUUGCCACCAAGUGGCCAUGUUGAAUGAAUUAAGCCGUUCCCUUCCAAUACUCCGUUCAGAUGAAGACAGCUCCUCGUAAAGUCCCUCUUACUACUGCGGCGUCUGACGAUGGCGACCACUGAAAUAGAUAUUUUCGCUAAUGAAGAGAAGCGUAGCCUGGAGCUGGCUGGGCAUGUUGGGUUCGACAGUCUUCCGGACCAGUUGGUCAGCAAGGCGGUCUCGCAAGGAUUCUGCUUCAACAUCCUUUGUGUCGGUGAGACAGGGAUCGGAAAGUCAACGUUAAUCAACACUCUUUUCAACACAACGUUUGAGAGUGACGAAGCCAGCCAUUACCUGCAAGAUGUCCACCUACGGCCAAAAACGUAUGACCUGCAGGAGAGCAACGUCAACUUAAAACUGACCAUCGUGGACACUGUCGGGUUUGGAGACCAGAUCAACAAAGACGAAAGCUAUAAACCCAUUGUGGACUACAUCGACACCCAGUUUGAAAAUUUCCUCCAGGAGGAGAUGAAAAUCAAGCGUUCCCUGCACAACUACCACGACAGCAGAAUCCACAUCUGCCUGUACUUCAUAGCCCCGACCGGCCACUCUCUCAAGUCCCUGGAUCUGGUGACCAUGAAGAAAUUGGACAGCAAGGUGAACAUCAUCCCUGUCAUUGCAAAGGCUGACACAAUCUCGAAGAGCGAAUUGCACAAAUUCAAGAUUAAGAUCAUGAGUGAACUGGUGAGCAACGGAGUACAGAUCUACCAGUUUCCCACAGAGGAUGAAGCUGUCACGGAGAUCAACUCCACUAUGAAUGCUCAUCUUCCCUUUGCUGUGAUUGGCAGCGUGGAACAGGUGAAAGUGGGCAACAAGAUGGUCAGGGCGAGGCUCUAUCCUUGGGGAUCAGUACAGGUGGAGAACGAGAGCCACUGUGACUUUGUGAAGCUCAGGGAAAUGCUGCUUCGUGUCAACAUUGAGGAUCUAAGAGAACAGACGCACGCGCGCCACUAUGAGCUCUACCGUCGCUGCAAACUGGAGGAAAUGGGAUUCAAGGACACAGAUCCAGACAGCCAGCCCUUCAGCCUGCAGCAGACCUACGAGACCAAGAGGAAGGAGUUCCUGGUGGAGCUUCAGCGCAAGGAGGAGGAGAUGAGACAGAUGUUUGUCAACAAAGUGAAGGAGACGGAGGCGGAACUGAAGGAGAAGGAAAGAGAGCUGCAUGAAAGGUUUGAGCAGUUAAAGCGCAUGCACCACGAUGAGAAGAGGAACCUGGAGGAGAAGAGACGGGAGCUGGAGGAGGAGAUGAACUCUUUCAACAGAAGAAAGGUGGCUGCCGAGACGCUCAUGGGUCAGGCACUACAGAGCUGCUCCCAGCAGCCCUUCAAGAAGGACAAGGACAAGAAGAAUUGAUUUAUGGAGCAGUCAUCAAGGAAAACCAGGAAUGUGUCUUUCAUCAGCAUGGGAAAAGGCUUUGAUAUUUGACCUUACUUUUGACAUUGUAUGUGUAGACACACAAACACUGAGGCAAUAUAUGUAUGUGAGCUAAAUUGGCCAUAAGCCACUGUGAGCUUAUGGAUCAAAAAAGGUAUGAACGAACAGUCGAUUCAAUGUGUCCCUAAUGCUGACUCUGCUAGAUAUGUGAAAACAGAAGCACAGACUACUAUCAUAACACUGCUUGUGUUGUUUUAUGUUUGUGCCGCCAAUGUGCAGUUGUCUGCCUUUGGAGAUGUGACUCACAAUGCAAAGCACCCAACUAAAAUACUCUCCUGUCUUCUAGCUAACAGCAGCUUCAAUUGCACUAGCAUUAGAAAGGGCUAGGGUUAACAGAGUUUGUGUUUUGCUAUCGAUUAUUACAUAUUUAUAUGAUAUAACUCACUAUUGUAUUGGAAUUAACUCAGUGUCCUGCAAUAUAAAGACAGGUUGUGAUACAAUAACUUUAAUGCACAAGUUGAGUUCUCUUCGGCUAUAUUAGAGUAAAACAUUUUGUAAUGUACAUAGUUAUUUUAAUACACUACAUGUAUUUUCUGACCUGAUAGUGUGGAGUGAGUUUUUUUUUUUAAAGAUGUUGUCCUUCAGAAGGCAUGCAAAGAUGUGAGCUCUGUCACUGAUUUAAUAAUUUACUUUAACAAUAGGAAGGAAUAACUUAUUUGCUUUUCCAUUCAAAUAAAGAAUGAUGAAACUAAGCCAUGCAUCUGUUCAUCAUUCUGUUGAUUAAUUUCUCCAUAUCUCCCCUCACUUAUCCCAAAAUAUGUCAGACCAUCCUUAUCAGUGAAACUAAAUACCCAUGCUAUACAUGGAUACCAAAUCACAGUAUCAACAUUUUGCAUGUAUGAUAAUAAGUCUAAUUGGUUGUCUAUGUAUGUGUUUCUUCAUGUUAUUAGAUAGGUGAGAGCAUACUGCAAUUGUUGUUGUUCUAAAACUGGCUGACAUGGCUUUUCUCUCUUUUCAUAGCUUCUUUAGUCUUCCGUCCGCGUGCUCCUUAACCUCAGGAAGGAAUUUGAAUUAGAAGACUAUGCACCCCAACAAAAGAUCGCAGCCUCCCCGUGAGGUCUACCUUCACAUGUAUUCAUAAGCAGUGGCUUCAAAGCAUGGUUUCUGCAUGAACACAACCCCCCCUGAAAUAAAAUCUCAAAAAUGAAAUUAUUGUCAUAAUAAUCUUAGAUCCUUGACAUUUAAAGGUAUGUACACUUUCCCCUUUGACAAUUGAUCAACACUGUGAAGGUAUUGGAUAUAAAAAUGUAUUUUUUAAUCGUUUGGCUAGGGUUAUCUUCACUUCAGCACUUUAAAUUGUAUUAUUUAAUAUUUAUUAAUAUUUAAUAUGACUAUUGAAAAUAGUGUGUCUAUAUGACGAGAAUAGCCAAUUAUAAUGAAUAUUGUUUCUGUUUAAUAGUUUUUUAUAAUUUUGCUUUGGCUAUAGUGUAGGCCUAUCUAAGACGAACAAAUUGUCUAAUUAUUUCAGUGUAAAGAGACAAAAACUCAGGCUGGUGAAGUCGAUUAAAUGAUUAUGAUUACAGCAGUGCUUGAAAGUAUGUCGUUAGUGGAUUUAUAUUUUUUGCUGUAAUAAAUAUCUACAUUGAAAACACCUGCUUGACUUGCUUUCUCACUGGCUGGCUGCAGAAGAACGAUAUCACCAUACGGCGAGACUGUUCAAUAAGAUAGCAAAGUUGUAUGGGAAAGGCAAACAAUUGCAAUGCAAACCGGUAGUAUUUAGAAAAGUAAGAAACCUAACGAAUGCAUAACGUUAAAGAUUAAACACAUUAACGCUCUAAAACAAUAUUAAACUACUUCCAUGACGCGAUUGGGUGGACGACGAUGCAAACUUAUGAAACUUAUCUUCCAAACCAGAAGACCUCAUUACAUCCAUGUAAGAACUGUCGGCAAAAGAGUAAUCGUAUCUGCCGUAGAGCGUAAAACUGCCGUAAAAUGACGUAAUCGUGGCCCUUCAGGAGGAAACAAGCGUGGAAUUGCACUGGAGUGGUUUCAUAGAUGAGUUGUGUUUCAUUAAUACAUUGUAUUUUCUCUUAAACGGCAGACUAGGUAGAGACAAGCACUGACAUUGUGGAGAAAACACAGUGAAAACGACCAACGAGGAUGUUUAAAAAAUUUGAUGAGAAGGAAAACGUUUCCAAUUGCAUUCAGCUGAAGACUUCGGUUAUCAAAGGAAUAAAAAACCAACUGCUGGACCAGUUUCCUGACAUAGAAUCAUGGCUAAACCACAUUAUGCCAAAAAAAGAUCCUGUCAAAAUAGUGAGAUGCCAUGAACACAUUGAAAUCCUGACAGUGAAUGGAGAGCUUCUAUUCUUCAGACAAAGAGAAGGACCAUUCUACCCAACUCUCAGACUACUACAUAAAUAUCCUUUUAUCCUUCCACAUCAACAAGUAGACAAAGGGGCUAUUAAAUUUGUCCUAAGUGGUGCCAAUAUCAUGUGCCCUGGGUUGACGUCACCAGGUGCCAAACUCUACCCAGCAGCUACAGACACAGUGGUUGCCAUAAUGGCAGAGGGGAAACAACAUGCACUUUGUGUUGGAGUGAUGAAGAUGUCUGCAGAGAGCAUAGAAAAAGUCAACAAGGGCAUCGGAAUUGAAAAUGUUCAUUAUCUUAACGACGGACUGUGGCACAUGAAGACGUACAAGUGAGGUCACCAAUAUCCCCGCCUGCCCCCCCAACCAGUAGCCCUGGACAGCAUGGAGCUUGUCAUAGUGCGGGAAUGAGCUGCCAGUCAGUUGUUUACACCAAUGGACUUAGCUGUGUCACCUGCUGUAAGCAUUGAAUCAAAGCAUAAUGCAAAAAUAAUAAAAACCUGCAUUACA